AUGAAGUCAUGGCCAGAAAGUGUUAUAUUCUCUUCACAAGAAACCCAAAAUGGCCUCAGCUGUUACCCUUUUUCAAUGGAAAUGGUCUAUGCAGACAAGGGGUCUCUCUCUCUUAGCUCCAACUACGGUAUGGUUUCAACCGUUUCUUCAUCUCAAGAGAGUUAUGCAAGCAAGAGCCAUGUGAUGGAAAAUGGGAGUACUGGCUGGACUUAUCCAAUUAUGAUGGAGUGCCUUUCCAAAAACUUUGAAGAACACCCCAAUAUAGAUGAUGGGGUUGGGGAAAACAGUGAAAAAAUAAACUAUAAUGAAAACUUCAACAUAGGGAACCCUAAUGAGAAUCCUGUAAGCGGCAAAGAGGUGGAUAGUGAACAGUCCAAACUCUGUGGUAGAGGGCAUUGGAGGCCUGCAGAAGAUUCAAAGUUGAAGGAACUUGUGGCUCUUUAUGGUCCUCAGAACUGGAACUUGAUAGCUGAGAAGUUGGAAGGAAGAUCAGGGAAGAGUUGUAGGCUGAGAUGGUUCAACCAGUUGGACCCAAGGAUCAAUAGGAGCGCAUUCAGUGAAGAAGAGGAAGAACGGUUAAUGCAGGCACAUAGAAUUUACGGCAACAAAUGGGCAAUGAUUUCUAGGCUUUUCCCUGGAAGAACAGAUAAUGCUGUCAAGAAUCACUGGCAUGUUAUAAUGGCAAGAAAAUACAGAGAACAAUCCAGUGGUUACAGGAGAAGGCGAUUGAGCCAAUCUGUUUACAGAAGAAUGGAGCUAAAUCCAAGCUUUGUCUGCAGAGGUACCGCAACACAAACAGAAUUAUCAUCACCCUAUUGUCUCAAUCUCCCCAAACCCAAUGGAGUACUCAAUAAAAACAUGAAUAGUUUUCAAUAUGAUGCAUCCAUCCAUGGAACAGGUGGUGGAGUUGAGUAUGGCUUAAAUGGGAGAGAAGCAAUGUCAAGCAGCGAGAUUGGCUUAUAUGUUCAACAGGCACCAUUUGAUUACUUCUCUGGUGCUAGAAGCAAUGACAUGGUGGGAGAGUCUUUCAGCAGGAUUGUUGAUAAAAAUCAAUAUCAUCAUCCACUAUAUGGUUUCUACCCUCAUUAUCCCCAACAACAUCUGAUGGCAAUGCAACAUCCAAACAAUAACAAUUUUUACAGUUUCUCAAAUUCCUCGGCAUCAACAACACCCAAUGUUUCGGCCAGGGAACCAUCAUGGUCAUCAUCAGUCGUAGAAAACAGAGAAAAAAUCGUGAUUAGUGACCCCCCAGAUGCUGUUCCACCUCCAUUUUUUGACUUCCUUGGAGUAGGAGCCACAUGAUGUGAUGAUGAUCCAGAAGCUGCAAAC